AUGGUGGAAUCUGACCCAUCCACACCGAUUGCAACAAUUAUUGCUUCCAUCAAGACCUCUAUGGGUUACACUACAUCCUACAGAAAGGCUUGGUUGGCUAAACAACAUGCAAUUGAACAUGUGUAUGGGAAUUGGGAAGAAUCGUUCAACAAAUUACCAUGCCUACUACAAGCCAUGCAAACUUUUCUUCCCGGUUUUGUGUACAAAUUGAAAACACAACCAAUUACCGAUGGCCAAGAGAUCCGCCAAAACCAACAAUAUUUCAAAAGACUUUUCUGGACCUUCAAACCUUGUGUUGAUGGAUUCCCAUAUUGCAAACCGUUGGUGCAAGUGGACGGAACAUUCCUAUACGGAAGAUAUAGGGGGACUCUUUUGGUGGUUGUGGCACAAGAUGGGAGAAACAACAUACUCCCCAUUGCUUUUGCUAUAGUUGAGGGUGAAACAGCAGACGCUUGGUUGUUUUUUCUAAAAAACCUUAGGAGACAUGUCACACCUCAACAAAAUUUGUGCUUAAUUUCGGAUCGUCACAACUCCAUUAGUGCAGCAUUCAAUAGACCAACCAGUGGGUGGACAGAAGGACAAUGUGUGCAUGUGUAUUGCAUUCGACACAUUGCACAAAAUUUUACCCGAAGAUUCAGGGAUACAAGUUUGAAGAAGGACCUUGUCAACAUGGCAUACGCAAUGACUGAGCCGCGAUGUAACUAUUACUACAAUAUCAUUAGGGAAAACAAUCCUCAAGCAGCAGCUUGGAUUGAUCAAAUUCCAAGACAACAAUUCACACUUGCGUAUGAUGAAGGUAGAAGAUGGGGUCACCUAACAACAAAUCUAGCCGAAGCAAUUAACUCAGUCUUGAAGAAGACAAGAAAUUUACCAAUCUCCUCCAUAGUAUUGGCCACAUACACAAGAUGUAACUCCUUUUUCACAGAAAGAGGGAAACAGAUAACUGCAAUGAUAAGUGCUGGUCAUGUCUAUUCUGAAAAUGCCACGAAAGUCCUACAGGAUGCUGAUUCAAAAUCAAACACCCACAGGGUUGUUGAAUUUGAUAGAAAUACAACAAGAUUCAGAGUCGAGGAGAUGGUAAACCCAAGAGAAAUACGACCUGCAGGAAAAUUUGUUGUCAGAUUGGAUGAACGAUGGUGUGAUUGUGGCAAGUUUCAAAAGAUUCAUCUACCAUGUUCACAUGUCUUAGCAGCUUGCAAACAUGCUCAUCACGACUUUAACAUUUACAUUAGUUCCUACUAUAGGUUGGAUGUCAUCAUGAAGGUGUAUAAUAAUAUGUUUGGGGAGCUACGACAUGAAGAAUAUUGGCCACCAUACCAAGGCACGGAAAUUUGGCCUCAUCCAGCCACAAAAAGGAAUGCAAAAGGUCGACCAAAAUCAUCCAGAAUUAGGACUGAAAUGGACAUCAUGGAACAAGCACACCCAUGA